AUGACAAGGCUGGAGAUCAAUCCAUCGAACUUGGAGAGCUGGAGGAGCUGCUCACUUGUUGGCAUACUUACACCGAGCAUCGAGAGCUUUUUGAAAGCAAGCUGGAGAAGUUUGAUAUUUCCAAGACUGGCAAACUAUCACAGGAAGAGCUGA